AUGACAUCUUGCCUUCAUUGCUUGACUUUUACUCCUUUUUUUUUCUUUCUUUUUAACCAUUUUCUCCGGACUUUAUUAUCUCUUUUCCUAUCCUUAUUUCGUUAUGACAAUUCAUUGUCUUUUCCUUCUACUAUUUCUUCCUUUGCGUGUCUUCCCUACUUUACCACGUUCCUCGUUUGUUUUCUUUUUCUCUUUCUCUUCCUUCUUUUUUUAUUAUUUUUUCUCCUUCCUUUUCUUCAUUUUUACCUCAUUCCCUGUAUGCUUUCUCUUUUUCUUUUUUUUUUUUUCUAUUUUACCUCAUUCUCAGUUUUUUUUUUCUCCUUCCUUCUCCUUCAUUUUUACCUCAUUCCCUGUAUGCUUUCUCUUUUUUCUCCUUCUUUUUCCUUCUAUUUUACCUCAUUCCCAGUAUGUGUUCUCUUCUAUUUCUCCUUCCUUCUCCUUCAUUUUUACCUCAUUCCCUGUAUGCUUUCUCUUUUUUCUCCUUCUUUUUCCUUCUAUUUUACCUCAUUCCCAGUAUGCGUUCUCUUCCAUUUCUCCUUCCUUUUCUUUCUUUUUCACCUCAUUCCCAGUAUGCCUUCUCUUCUAUUUCUCCUUCCUUUUCCUUCUAUUUUACCUCAUUUCCUCAUUUUACAUACAUUUCUUCCUUUUCCCUUACCUUUUUCUUCCUUUUUACCUCUUUCCUCGUAUGUAAUUUCUUCUUUUCUUCUUCCUUUUCCUUCAUUUUUACCUCAAUCGUUGUAUGCUUUCUCUGCAUUUUGUCCUUCAAUUAUUCAUCUUUUUAUCUCUUUUCUCGUACGUAUCUUUUUAUUAUCUCUAUCCAUUUCUUUCUUUUUUUACCUCAUUCCUUGUAUAUGUUCUGUAGUUUUUCUCCUUCCCUACUUUACCUCGUUCCUCGUUUGUUUUCUCUUUUUCUCUUUCUCUUCCUUCUUUUUUAACUUAUUCUUGGUAUAUAUUCUCUUUUUUCCCUUUCUUUAUUUUUUUCUUCUUUCCUCGUAUUUUUUUCUUUUUCUCCUUCCUUUUCCCCUUUUCCCCCUCUUUCCUCGUAUGUAUUCUCUUUUUUCUCCUCCUUUUUCCUUCUAUUUUACCUCAUUCCCAGUUUUUCUUCUUCCCUUUUUAUUAUUUAAUCUCUUCUUUUACGUUUUUUUUUCAUUGUCAUUCUCUUCUUUUCUCUUUGUCAUUCGUUUUCUCUUUCGUUUGCUCCUCCUGAUUUUCUUCUUUUUCUCUUUCAUUAUCAUUCAUUUUCUCUCUCCUCACCUUAUCUUUCUUUUCUUUUUCAUUACAUUUUAA